UACGAGUCGAGCUAAGGACGCGAUCGGCAGCGACGGUGGAGUAAACCGAUCGCUCGUUCAAUCUGUGAAAAUUACUCUCAUAGUGGAUGGUCGGACUUAAGUGUUGUUAGAACUGUUGUGAAUAACAUUCAGUAUGUUGACCGGCUGGCAGUUAAUAUUAUCUAAACUCUUCGUGAUACCACAAAGAUGGGUGAUGGCAAUAAUGGGGUUCCUGGCAGUGGCCAACGCGUACACUAUGAGGGUAUGUCUGAACAUAGCCAUAACGCAGAUGGUGAGGAGGCAUGCUUCAUCAUCUGCCUACGAGGAGGGUUCCUGUCCUGGUGAUGUGGAUGAAGGCCUGACAGAUACCGUGGAAAUAACCGGUUACGACUGGAGCGAAGAAACUCAAGGCAUUAUUCUAAGUUCUUUCUACUAUGGGUACAUUGUUACACAUUUGCCCGGAGGAAUGCUGGCUGAGAGAUUUGGGGGCAAAUAUUCACUGGGUUUCGGCGUUCUAAGUACCGCACUGUUCACUCUGCUAACUCCGUGGGCUGUCAGCGUGGGAGGUGCAACUGGCCUAAUUAUUCUGCGAGUUUUAGAAGGACUUGGGGAGGGCACGACUUUUCCCGCGCUAAACGCAAUGCUGGCUCGAUGGGCUCCCAUAUCUGAGCGAGGACGCAUGGGAUCAUUGGUGUUCGGGGGAGCACAAAUAGGGAACAUUGCCGGGACCUACCUCUCGGGCUUAGUCAUCAAAGAAACUGGAGAUUGGCAUUCAGUGUUUUAUCUGUUCGGCAGUAUUGGCAUUCUGUGGUUCAUUUUCUGGGCACUCCUUUGUUACAAUGACCCAGAAUCCCACCCAUAUAUUUCGGACAAUGAGAAGAAAUAUCUCGAAGAAGCUCUCGGAAGACACGGUAACAGUCAGCCUUCAGCUAUUCCCUGGAAAGGAAUUUUCAUGUCAGUGCCUUUAUGGGCCCUGGUUUGUGCUCAGAUUGGGCACGACUAUGGAUACUUCACAAUGGUGACCGAUCUCCCUAAGUACAUGACUGGCGUAUUGAAGUUCGAUAUCCAUAGAACGGGGACAUUGGCUGCAUUGCCUUACGCUGUAAUGUGGAUCAGCUCUAUUGCAUUUGGGUGGAUUUGUGAUAAAGUAGUGAAGAGGAAAUGGCUUACAGUCACUAACGCUAGAAAGACCUUCACUACUAUUGCAUCCGUUGGCCCAGGAAUCUGUAUGAUCCUUGCGUCGUACUCUGGUUGCAAUGCAGAAACUGUGGUAAUCCUGUUCACUGCUUCAAUGGGCCUCAUGGGAGCUUUUUAUCCUGGCAUGAAAGUAAACGCGUUGGAUCUAAGCAGUAAAUUCGCGGGAACCAUCAUGGCUAUCGUCAAUGGCAUCGGCGCUAUUACGGGGAUCAUUGCGCCUUAUCUUGUCGGAUUGCUGACACCUGAUAGUACUCUUGUUCAAUGGCGUUUGGUGUUCUGGAUAACGUUAGCCGUGUUCAUUGUGACAAACUUGGUGUUUGUUGCAUGGGCUUCCGGUGACGAGCAAUGGUGGAAUAACUCUCCGCAGGACUCAAGGAAGCAACUAGAACUCGAAACAGCCGCUGGGUCAGUGAACAGCGAAACUAAGACGUAAAAUAGGUAACAAGAUGAUGUCGGAACAGUUUUAGAGCUUCGUGCUUGUGUUGUGAGACUAGGAGUACAAAAUGAAAGUAUUUUAGAGACGGUUCUUUGAAUCCUCAGCCAGUGUUUGUGAUAAUAUAUAUAAUGAAUAGUGAUUGGUACGUAUAGGUGCGGAGAGGUAUUUGACGAAACAAAAUUAGGCACAGCAUUAAUGACACCUAAUAUAUUUAACGCGUUUAGCCUGUCAAAAUAUUUUGUUUAGUUUAAAAAGAAUCUGUAAAUUUUUAUCGAAUCUUUAAAAUAAUUUGCAGAAUUGUUCGUAGAUUUUAAUUCAAAAUCACCCUUUGAAACUUAAAGGCUAAGUUCAUAAGACCACACGAUACCGCGUAGAACUACUGAACGCGCAGUACAAGAUCGAAGUAAUCGGUGAGCAUCGUCUACAUAACGGCACGGUACCGCUUAGUACGGCGCGGUAAUACUUGAACCGCGAGUCACCUUUGACACCCUUUGAACAUAGAUGAAGCGACAUUAUCUCAAAAUAUUAAAUUUCGUAUUGUUGUGACACAAAUUGACGGUUCAGUUCUGAUUUAGGGAAAUCGUAUGAUGCGUAUUCACAUAACAAGAUCGAACGGCAAUUGUUGGGAGAUGCGUAUUUUGCAAAAUUUUUACGUUUGGUUGUGUUGAUAUAGAUAUAUAGAUAAAAAUAGAAUAGAUGAAGAACAAUAUUGGUGCGAGAUAAACUUCGUGCGAGUUGUCGUUGACGCGUGGCUCCGAUUCAGUUGACUGUCUAGGAAAAUUAUAGGAGAAUAGAAUCUAGAGUAAAACGUUGAUAGGAUCGGAACUUAAUGACAACAAUUUUGAAGAGCACCCAUGUUGAGUUGGGCACAGAGGUAUAGAUUCAAGCAUGUUGAUGCCAGACUGCCGCGCGUACGUCGUCAUGUGAAUGCUGCAACCGUGCGGCUUCGCGGCGUCAUAUGAACUUAGCCUAAAACUAAAUAUUACUUACGUUUAAUUAUGUUUGCAUCUAAAUAAAUAAAUUAAUAUUACCAAGUUCUAUUGAAUAUAAUGUUACAGAUGGGACCGCUUAUUUGGUACUUGGUACAGUCAAACAACAACCCUGAAACCUUUGUAGGUACUGUACAAAUUUGAUACGUGUGAUUUCUAUACUAAUUUAAAUUUGCUUCUUACAAUGGACUGAAAUGUAUGGAAUGACUAUUUUUUUUAAUUCGUAUUUAUAUUUAGUACACUUAAGAAUGGAUAUUUUAUUAUGUUACUAAUGUAGGUAUGUACCUAUACCUAGGACAACAUUAUUUGUAUUAAUUUCCAUAUUAUUAAUAGUAAAUUACUAUAGAUAAUUGUUAAAUUUAUUAUAGCCGUAGGUGUUUAAAUUUAUUAUGCUGGACCUUAUUAAUACAUCCAAUUUUAGGCCUAAACGCUCUCAUAAUCUUUAUCAAACAUCAAUGAAAAUUUUAAAGCGGUGAAUUGAAGCAAAUCCAUACACAGAUGUUUACUCAACUAUUGGAAUUUAAAAAAUAUCCCGAUUUUAAUCGAGUUUUAUUCAACGUGAAUCGCUGGGCAGCAGACAUUAAAUGGUCUUUGUCGCAACAAUUUUUUUUUUCAUGCAAAUGAGGUCUUAAUGUUUUAUAGUGACAAUCGAAAAUGAAUGUUUAUAAAUAGAAAUACGAACCCACAUCGACAAAUGAUAUGAUAAUGUCACUAGAAUAAUUCAAUAUUUCUCAUGCGAAUGAGGCCUUAAUGUUAAUUUGUUACAAUCAGAAAUGAAAGUUUAUAAAUGGAUACUAACACACGUCGACAAACGAUAUUAUGACGAGAAUAAUAAUUCAGAUAUAUUCAUUAUACCUUUGCCUUUAACCUUUUAUUUUUUUGAGAUAGUUUAAGCUUGUUGAUAUAAAAGUAUCUCAAAAUAGUUAAAUGCGGAUACAUACCUAAUACGUCUGCUAUUAUGGCGCGCUGUUACAAUAAAUUGACUUCAUAUUUUGUAAAACAAAAAUAAUGUCUUACUUGAAAAAAUUACGAUAGAAAAAUAUCGAUGUAUGAUUAUUGUACAGUAAUAAUAUUUGUAAAAAAAAAUUGUUUGUUACUGACAUGCAGAAACCCUAUUAGCUAUAUUUGUUGAUACAUUAAUUGUUAUAAGCCUGUUAAAUAUUUUUUAAUAUGACUGGUUGUUAAAUAGGCCAAUUUAUUAUAUGUUUCAAGUUUUCUUUUGUCCAGAAUACAAAGCUAAAAUAGUACUGCUAAUUAAAAAAAAAAGAGUGUGUGUACUUAUGUAUGCACACAAGAAGUUAUACUUCUUUGUCCUAACGAAGCAAAAAUAAUUUAAAUGAUUUAUUCCUCGUGUUAUUCUACGUUUUUAGAAAGAACAAUUUUGUAAAAAUCUUGCAAAGAUGGCUUUGACAAUAAUUAAUUUUUAAAUAAUGAAUACGGCUGUAUCGGCUUGAAACCUUUGCCUGUCCUAAUAAUGGACGAAGAAAUCAAAAAAAUAAAGAAUGACGCAAUCGUAAUAAAAUUUUAGGAGCCAACUUCAACCUGUUACUUUUAUGUUACAGUGAUGCGCGCGCAUCUUAAAAUUUCUACAUAACGCGCCUUAAGAUGUAUAACUUCAAAAAAUGAGUGAAAUCAAUAAACAAGAGGCUGUGAUCGAAUUUUAUUAAGACUUCAUUUUUCACACUUUUAUUAUGAGUGCCAUUGGAGAUCUGAAUAAUUGGAAUUUACAAAUUUAAUACAUUGAUGUACAUAUUGUGUCUGUAACUAUGUAAUGUUAUUGUAUAUUGUUUAAAUAAAUAAAUAAAAUCACA